CACACCAACCGCCCAGGUCGUCUUCUCCACAUCUCCUUCCACACCCUCCUCCACCCAGCCCAUUCCACACCCACCACCACCACCACUACCGCCGCCGCCACCACCACCACCACAACAACAACAACGAAAGCUUCCAAGAUCAAGAGGAUAAGAGUCACGAUGAUGUGCUAAGAAGGUCUCAUUCAUCUUGAUUACCCUCGUGCAGCUUCGUCGCCGCAGCAUGGCCAGUGUGUUCGGGCUGCUCGUGAUGGCCCUGGCCGCCGCCCUCGCCGCCACAGCUCAGGAGUUGUCGCCGGGCGAGGCAGGGAGCAGCGAGGGUCAGGCCUGGGAAGGGCACCGCCACGCCAGGUCCCUGGAGACUGGCGGGGACGCGUCGUGGUUGUCUGGCCUCCAGGACGCGGAUGUGACUCAGGUGGAGCCCCGGGUGGAGGCAGGACACGGCGGCACGACCUUCUGGGUGGCGCGGGGCAAGAAGGACGCAGAGAACUCCCCAACUUACUACUGGGGCCCCAACCAAGGCCUGUGGGGCGAGACCUUCCAGCGAGGCACAUCCGCCACGGCUAGUUCCUCCCACACCCCUCUGGCGGUGAAAUCCGGCUGGGAGUCCAACCCAAGCCUGUGGGGCAAGCGGGACGGGCGCGGUCCAUUCUGGGCAGCGCGCGGCAAAAGACCUGACCCAUUCUGGGCAAGCCGCGGUCGCCGAGACUCAUCCGAGAUGACGUCUGCCCUGCUGCAGCAGUGGGCGGCGGAAGACCCCACCAUGCAGGAGCAGAAGGAGGAUCAGCUGUGGAGCGGCGAGAUAAAGAGGGAGGAGGGCGGCCCCUUCUGGAUUAGCAGAGGCAAGAGGCCUCAGCCAGGGUCAGCAGCAUCACAGCUGGCUUCGCUGUGGGCAAUUCGAGGCAGGAAGUCUGGUGCAGACAACACCUUCUGGGCUGCGCGUGGCAAGAAAGAAACCAACGUCCGGGGACCCUUCUGGGCGGCCCGCGGCAAGAGAAGUGGCGGCGAGGGAGGCACAGGACCCUAUUGGAUCGCUCGGGGCAAGAAGCAGGACGGGAACACGCCCACGGGGCCCUACUGGAUCGCCCGAGGAAAGAAGGAGGAUGACGGUGGAGUGUUUUGGGCGGCCCGCGGCAAGAAGGACCCUCCCGCGUGGGCGACGGGACGCGGACGACGUGAGGACGCCGCAAACUCUUUCUGGAUCGCUCGGGGCAAGAAGAGCGAACACGCCGCAUCCCACAACACUGAGAAGGACAACGAUGACGACGACGACGAAGAGCAGCACGAAGAGGUGACGCAGAAAGCUGCCGACCAUUACCUGAAGGGCUUCACGGCGCUGUCUGGCAAGUAGGCAACAGCGGCACGGGAUUAACCUACCUCUCGUAAUCUCUUCUGCUUCCGUAAACCCGCAGGAGGGACAAAGAGAGGGAGGGAGGGAGUAAGGAGGUGGGCGAGACUGACGCUGUGUAUGCGCAGUGAAGCAGCCCGCUAUUAGGAGAGAUGAGGGGGCGAGGGAGGGGGAGGGGAGGAGGAGCCUCGGACGCUACAGGCUGGGUGGCGGCACGAGGCUCGGGGCACUUAAUAAAAUAGUCAAUCAGCA